ACACACACACACCUUUUCUCGACACACUCUCUCACACACACAUUCUCUCUCUCUACACACACUUUCUCCAUCUCAUACUCUCUACGUACACACUUCCUGUCUGCUAAAUAACAGUGUCAGGAAUAUCAUCUAUCAUGGUGGGCUACUGUCCCAUCUGUGGGAAACCAGUCUACUUUGGUGAGAAGAAGAGGUCAUUGGGGAGGGACUACCACCCUCUGUGUCUGAAGUGUCAACUGUGUCAGAGACAGUUGACCCCGGGACAACAUGCUGAGCAUGAUGAGAAACCCUACUGCACUAACUGUUACAUGAAGAUGUUUGGUCCCAGAGGUAGAUACUCAGGUAACAGGAGAAUGAUGUCACACUGUCACAGCUCAGCCUCCUCUUCCUCUUCCUCCUCCUAGGAACCAGUCUAACAAACCAAAAACCAACCAAAAUACAACCUAAUGAGAACUAACAGGCUAUCAACAAGGAUCUAUGUUCAACAAACCUGACAUUCAGCCAUCAAGCCAAUGACCAACCAACUAGACCCAACAUUCAGCCAACCAACGUUUGACCAA